ACCUCAACACGUAACACUUCUUAAUUUUCCUGUAAUAACACAAACGCAAAAAAAUCCUCCCCGUCCCAAAAUGGUAACCCAUUUUUCCCGGGAAAUCCAAAACUCUCUCUCUUUCUUUUCAGAUAUAUCCUCCCCCUCUCAAUUUUACCUCCAAAAAAAUAAAACAAAAAUAUAAAAAAUAAAAACAAAAUCACUGAUCACUGAUCACUGGCCUCAUAUUUAUAUCCAAACAAACACAUACAAUUUCAACCCAACAUCCACAACAAGCAGGAACAUAGCUAACCUCUCGUCUCUUUCUUCACUCACUCACUCUCCCACUUUGCUGAUUUCUUCUCCGAUCAGUUUUCGGGGGAGUUUCUUUAAAGAAACCAGUCGCGAUCGAUCGAUGAGAAUAUAAUCACAAACAUGUCGGUGACGUGCUCGAGUAACUUUCCCGACCUUCUUUGCGGCGAGGAUUCCGGCAUCUUCUCCGGCGAGUCUUCACCGGAAUGUUCAUCAUCGGACCUCGAGUCUUCUGCCUCCAUUGAAGAGUCUAUCGCUGGGUUUAUAAUGGAUGAGAGAAACUUUGUUCCUGGUUUUGAUUACUUGACUCAGUUUCAAACUCAGUCUCUCGAUGUCUCGGCUAGAGAACAAUCUGUUGCGUGGAUUCUCAAGGUGCAAGCAUACUAUAAUUUCCAGCCAUUAACGGCGUAUCUCUCCGUCAAUUACAUGGAUCGGUUUCUGUAUUCUCACCGGUUGCCGCAAAAUAAGGGGUGGCCUCUGCAACUUCUUGCUGUUGCUUGCUUGUCAUUAGCUGCAAAGAUGGAGGAACCACUGGUUCCUUCUCUGUUGGAUCUUCAGGUUAAAGGAGCCAAAUAUAUUUUUGAAACAAAAACUAUCCGCAGAAUGGAGCUUCUGGUGCUCAGUGUUUUAGAUUGGAGGCUACGAUCCGUGACACCAUUCAGCUUCAUUGGGUUUUUCGCAUGCAAACUUGAUCCAACAGGAGCUUUUAUGGGGUUCUUAAUUUCUCGGGCCUCGGAAAUUAUUUUAUCCAAUAUCCAAGAGGCCAGCUUUUUAGAGUAUUGGCCGUCAAGCAUUGCUGCUGCAGCGAUUCUUUGUGCAGCCAAUGAAAUUCCAAAUUUGUCUCUUGCUAAUCCUGAACAUGCUGAAUCCUGGUGUGAUGGACUAAGCAAAGAGAAAAUCAUCAGCUGCUACCGGUUGAUGCAACAGCUCGUGCUUAAUGAUAGGCGGAGAAAAGCACCAAAAGUUUUACCGCAGCUUCGCGUAACAGUUCGUGCCAGAAUGAGAUCCUCCAGUGACUCAUCAUCCUCAUCUCCAUCUCCAUCUCCAUCUCCAUCUCCAAUUUCUUAUAAAAGGAGAAAAUUAAAUAACUGCUUAUGGGUAGAUGAUGACAAAGGAAACUCGGAGUAAGGAGAAGAUAAUAUAAAAAGAAAAGAAAAUGGGGGUCCAAGUUGUCGAGAAUCCUCGAUAUUUUUUGGAGGGUUUUGAGAGUAAAUUAACAUGAGUGAUGUAGAUUAUUUAGUAUAUAUAUAUUUAUAUGUAUGUAUGAGAGAGUUUGGUGAGUUUGGAAGAUUGAUUUAUUAAUUUGUUUUGUUUCUUUAAGUUGGUGGAUUGCCAUCCAUCCAUCCAUUAAUGGCAUUGCCGAUUCCCAAGGGAAGGGGAUUUGUUACAUAAAUAUUUUAUAUAUAUAUAUAUAUUUAUGUGACAAAAGUUGGGGAAAGAUUGAGAAAGAGUGGAGUGUGAAAGAAGUGGGGAUUGAAUUCAAAGGCUGCAUUGAUUGUUGAAUGAAAGAAGGGGAGAUGGCGGGACCCUUUGGGGGAAAAGAGAAGAAAAUUGAGAAAAAUAAGGGAAUGGAGGGUUUGAAUAAGUAUCGAGUAUAUAUAUAUAUAUAUUUGUCAAAACUUCCCAUCAAGAGGCGCUCCAUAUCGUUUUCUUCUGGAUCAUCUCUGCAACUUUUGACAAAGCCAAAGCGAAGAAGACAUAACAUGAUAUAUGAUAAUUAACAACAUGGCUCCAGUGAUGGCCAUGUUAGUUAAUUUAUAUAUAUAUAUAUAUGACUAUGAGUGGUUUGUGUAUGUGUGUUUUUUUGGCGGGAAAUGCCCUGGCCUUGACAUGACGUUAAUUGGCCUAACAUUAAAUACUCAACUCUUUCAGCGGUGUUCAUACGUGUGAAUGGUUACACGUGUGCACACUACUUUUCUUUUGAUUUGUUUUUUCUUUGUCCAAGGGGUGAAUUAACCCCUCUUUCAUGGCAACAUAUACAAAGGUCUUUGGGGCCUUUUCAAGCGUGCUGUAUUGGAUUCAUAAAUGUAAUAAAAUCAUUCCAUAUCUUUCUUUCA